AGCAGCAGCAGCAGCAGCAGCGGCGUGUAUGAGUGUGUCUCUCUGUGUGUGUGUGUGUGUGUGUGUGUGUGUGUCAGCCACAGAUUUCUGAAGAUGCUGGAGAGGUAGCUGGUCUGGCGGGAUGGCCGGGAUCAUUAAGAAGCAGAUCCUGAAGCAUCUGUCCAGGUUCACUAAGAACCUCUCCCCGGAUAAGAUCAACCUGAGCACGCUGAGAGGAGAGGGUCAGCUGUCCAACCUGGAGCUGGACGAGGAGGUCCUGCAGAACAUGCUGGAUCUGCCCACCUGGCUGGCUGUCACUCGAGUCUACUGCAACAAGGCUGCUAUACGGAUACAAUGGACAAAGUUGAAGACCAGUCCCAUAUGUUUGUUCCUGGAUAAAGUAGAAGUUGAAAUGAGGACCUGUGAGGAGCCCCGGCCCCCAAACGGCCCCUCUCCGAUUGCCAUUACUCCAGGCCAAAGUGAGUAUGGCUUUGCUGAGAAGGUCGUGGAGGGAAUGUCUGUGAUCAUCAACUCCAUCACGAUUAAAGUUCAGGCCCGAGCGUUUCACGCCUCCUUUGAGCUCUGGCAGCUCCAGGGCUGCAGCCUCAAUCCCAAAUGGCAGAAGAGCGACCUGCGCUACACGCGCAUUACACAUCCGAAGAGAGGAGAGGUCCUCACCUUCAAAGAGAUCAACUGGCAGAGUCUGCGCAUAGAGGCGGAUGCCAUAGAGAGUGACGAGCAGGAUCUGGGCAGCACGCCACUGCGCCUCAUUACCAAUCAAGGACGCAUACGCAUCGCUCUCAAACGCAGGGUGAAGGACUGUAAUGUCUUGGCCUCUAAGCUGCUGUUUAUACUGGAUGAUCUGCUGUGGGUGCUGACAGACUCUCAGCUCAAGGCCAUCAUCCACUACGCCAAGUCUCUGAGUGAAGCCAUGGAGAAGUCCUGCCAGCAGAGGAAGAGCAUGGCUGCUGAGACACUACAGACUGCGCCUCCCUCUCCUGGGAUCCACUCUCUGUGGACUGAACCUCCUCCACCCGAAGCGGUCGGGACCCCGGGCACACUGGCCCAGUAUUUUGACCUCCACGAUGUCAAGGAAUCAUCCUACCACACUUUCAUCUCGCGACUCGACCUGCAUAUCUGCAACGACAGCUCUUCAGAUUCCGAUGAAGCUCCACCUCCGGGGAUGCAGGGUGCGAUGCAGCUGACCUUCCGGAAGCUGGGCUGUGAUUAUUACCCAUUUCACAGGCCAGGUGACUCUACUGCCGUUCAUAUGAGAUUCAAAUUAAACCUGCUUUACUGCUUUACGCUUCAGAGGUUUUCAUUGUACUUUUCAGUCUCAGACUUUGAGGUCAUACCAUACAAAAUCAGUACCAUUCAAAAUUCACACUACCUGAUACAAGUGUCCACUGGAGGCCGUCACAGCAAGAGAACACAGUCUCUCCUCUCCUGCAACCGCAAAUCCUUACAUCUCCCAGACAACACUCCUGCAAUUCACCUUCAGUUCACUGAAUACUACUUCCCUGAUAACCCUGGACUUCCUGUACCCUGCUCUAAUCUUUAUGCCCAGCUGAAUGGUCUACAGCUGUAUCUGGAUGCUCCAAGUGUCUUGUGGAUGACUCUGUUCUCACGGGGUCUACACAAGACGCUAGAUCAGGUCAAAGCCUUCUACCACCUCCAGGACAGCAGCAAGAUGGACGAACACAUCGAUAUCCGCCUGGAUGCAACACAGCUGAAGCUGAUAAUUCCUUUGGAAUCCUCUAUUCUGGAUCACCCAGACCGUCCACAGUCACUGAGCGUCAGUCUUCCUCAGAUCGUCCUCAGCAACACGCGCCAUGCUCCUCAUGGUUCCCAUUCGGACCUCAACAGCACCUACAGCAGCUUCUCUGCCCGCCCUUUCUUCCAUCCCAUGGUGUGCCAACCUUUCCCUCGCGAUCAGAGCGUCCUCCAUCCCCUGCCGUCUGCAUUCCUCCAACACUGUCUGGAAAACGAGUCCCUGUCCUUAGUGCACAAACGCCCCUCUCGCUCUCAGGACGUCUGGUCUGUCAGUUUGUCCCGAGUGGCUCUUGGCUUUGAAGGGGCUCGUCGAGGGCCCAGCGGGAAAGCACUUCCCUUUGUGGAGCCCUUUGCCAUGUCUUUGUGGAUGUGCUGCCCUUCUGCCUUCAAAAAAGACUCUCAUUGUUCGAGUAUAGAUGGCAAUUCGAAAAUACCCACCGGUUCUAGCAAACAGUGCCUCCUAGAUUCACCACAGGGUGUAGAUGACGUCAUAUCUAAUAAAGUUGACCAAACUAAGGGUCUAGUCAACUCUACCAUGGCCUCCAUCCAUAUCUUAGCCCAGUCCAUUACUCCUGUCAAAAUGUGGCUCAACCACUACCAGUUCGUAGCCCUUUUGCGGAUGAAGGACUAUCUUGCCCGACUAGCUGGAGAUUUGACCAAGGACGUCCAGGGUUUGGGACAGCUUGAACACAAACCGUCAGAUCCACCUUCGGUUUGUGUCUCAGUCCUGAUGGAAGCGAUAGAACUUGCUCUACUUCUUCCUCCUGCAACAUGCGAGCCAGAAGAAGAAGCCCGUUCUCCUGAGGAAACGGACAGUCCCAGCUUGACCGACUCUGACCUCUCGCCAUCCCACCACGCCGGGGAGCCUGGCCUGCUGGAGGACAGUGGGACGGGAGGAAAUGAGGAUCAAGAGGGUUCGGUAGAGGAGGCUUGCGAAGCUGUUGAAGAAGGAAUGGAUGAAACUCGGGCCUUUGUUACUUCCACAUCUCCUCCACUCUCUCCAGGGAAUCCUGCAUUACUGUCCCGUCAUGGCUCCACUUUCAGCUUGGAGGGGGAGCUGUCCAAUGCCCUGAAUGCCACCAAAUGUGUCACCAAAGACGCACUCAGCAUCUCCCUGGAUCUCACCAAGGGUGCGCUGUCCAUCACGAAAGAUGCCUUCAGCAUCCUGAGCCGAGGAUCUGGCAUGACUAAACUCUUCACUCCUCAAAACAACUGGUGCCUGACGGAGAAGUGUGGUGAAGAUAUCGUGGUGGCGCUGGAAGCCCAAGAGCUUGUGCCUAAACAACAUGGCAACCAUAAAGUCAUAGACCUGCUGGCGGGACUGGCACUGACUGAGGCUGGUUCUUCCUCUCCAAGUGCUCCUCUGUCUCCCGGGCCCCGGUCUCUCUCCUGUCCCCCAACAGCAGCCCUCAGGUUGGAGAUGGGACCACGUGCGGGCAGACACUCUCCUCUGUCUGAGAGCGUGGGCUUCAUGGAAAUGUGCCUGACAGGGUGCAAAGCAGAGCUCCUGGCUUCUACCUUAAACAUGCUGGGACCCUUCCUGGAGGAUGAGCUCAGCGCAGACCCCCAGCCAAUGAGACUGUGGUUACGGGACACUGCUAUUACACUAAAGGAUGAUGGUCCUCGUGUCUACCCGACCGCUCCUCAAUCAGUUCCUGUGCUCUUCUCUCUGGACGGCAUUGUUUUGGAGCGUAUGGAUGAUGGAAUCCUCAGCUUGAGACCUGCGCAGAGCCAGUCAGGGAUUGAGUCAGAAGGGGACAAAGAUAGAGCUGGCCAAUCCUGCUCUAGAGCUGAGGAGAAGAACAAGUCUCUGCGAGUGUCCUCCAUGAGUCUUCCUGUAGUGACGCUUCUCUUUCUACUCUACACCAAUUCACCAAGUUCCCAGUUGGAGGAGGACUGA